UUUAACAUGAAUGACAUAUCGUCUUGUCAAUUGUCAUCGCUGUCAACAUUUGUUAGCCGACUUUGAUUUCUGAUAUAUUAUCCGUUUGAUUAUACAGAAAAUAAUCAAAAUGUUUGGCGGUGGACGUGCUCCGAUUUUAGUUUUAAGUCAAAACACCAAGAGAGAAUCCGGUCGGAAGGUUCAGCUGGACAACAUCAAUGCCGGAAAGCAAAUCGCAGACGUAAUUCGGACAUGUUUGGGCCCCCAAGCUAUGCUGAAGAUGCUUAUGGACCCAAUGGGAGGUAUCGUAAUGACUAACGAUGGUAAUGCAAUUCUCAGGGAAAUCACAGUACAACACCCUGCAGCCAAAAGUAUGAUUGAAAUUGCUAGAACUCAGGAUGAGGAGGUGGGUGAUGGAACUACUUCUGUAAUUGUACUGGCUGGAGAAAUGAUGGUAGCUGCUGAACAAUUUCUGGAGCAACAGAUGCACCCAACAAUCAUCAUCAGACAAUACAGACAAGCACUUGAGGAUAUGGUGCAGCUUUUGGAGGGCCCCUUGAGUGUUCCUGUGGAUAGGAAUGACAAACAAGCUCUUUCACAAGUUGUAUGUAUCUGUUCUGCUUCUUUUCUUAUCUUAUAUUGUCCGAAGUUUAUGAUCAAUGUAUGGUCAGACCUGGCAGUUAACAUUGCCUUAGAUGCCGUGAAUACCGUUCUUCUUGAGGAAAAUGGUAGAGUAGAAGUUGACAUCAAGAGAUACGCCAAGGUUGAGAAGAUCCCUGGAGGAUCUAUAGAGGAGUCGCAAAUCUUGAAAGGUGUGAUGAUCAACAAAGAUGUCACUCAUCCGAAGAUGAGGAGGUAUAUAAAGAACCCCAGAAUUGUGCUGCUAGAUUGUGGGCUGGAAUACAAAAAAGGAGAAUCCCAGACCAACGUCGAAAUCGUUGGCGAUGCAGAUUUCACUAGGCUUUUGGAAAUAGAAGAAGAAUACGUCAAACGUCAAUGUGAUGAUAUCAUUGCUCUAAAACCAGAUGUUGUCAUCACAGAAAAGGGAGUGUCUGAUUUGGCUCAACAUUUCCUGAUGAAGGCUAACAUUACCGCGAUCAGACGUUUGAGAAAAAGUGACAAUAAUAGGGUUGCUCGUGCCUGUGGUGCUACUAUAGUGAACAGGACAGAAGAGCUGCAAGAAAGUGAUGUGGGCACUGGCGCCGGGUUGUUUGAGAUUAAAAAAUUGGGUGAUGAAUAUUUCUGCUUCAUCACUGAAUGUAAGAAUCCUAAGGCGUGUACUAUUAUCCUGCGAGGUGCGAGUAAAGACAUACUCAAUGAAACGGAAAGAAACCUGCAAGAUGCUCUACAGGUAGCAAGAAAUAUCAUGUUAUCUCCACGUUUGGUGCCAGGUGGUGGAGCUAUUGAAAUGGCUGUUGCACAACGCCUGUUACAGAAGACCACUCAUGGGCCAUAUGCUGCGCUUGCACAUGCUCUCGAAAUCAUCCCUCGUACGUUGGCCCAGAAUUGUGGAGCGAACACGAUCAGGACCCUGACAGCUUUGAGAGCAAAACACGCCAGCUAUACUGAUACCACUAAGCCCUGCACAUGGGGUAUUGAUGGUGAGACAGGCGAACUCGUCGAAAUGGACAAAAAAGGAUUGUGGGAACCGUUGGCGGUGAAACUUCAAACUUACAAAACCGCCGUCGAAACUGCUAUUCUUCUGUUACGUAUCGACGAUAUCGUUUCUGGGUCUAAGAAGAACAAGGACGGGGGAAACGAACCACCAACUCCAAGAGAAAUGCAGGAAACUCAGGCUACCGCAGAAUAAGAACUUUGGCGUGUUUUACCUUUGUAUUAUGCCAUCUGGCAAAAUAUGACUGCCCUGUUUAUCAGUUAGUAGAGCGUGCUAUAUGUUAAAUUAAUACUUUUAGACGUUGGACAUGAUAGGCACGUGGCUUCAAGGUUACUAAUGUAUCGUUUUAUUUCACAGUAUCGUAAUGUUUUUCACAUUAUAUCUCACUCCCUUUUAUAUUAAUGUUUCCGAAGAAAAUAUAUCUAAUAACAUCACA